AUGAAAAUUAAGGAGGCGCUGAAGUGCGCAUUUGGAGAGGUCUUGCCGGAAAAGGCUCACCUGAAAAUGUCGGAGAUGGUUGUUAAGUAUGCUAGUGGAAACGCUAAAGUUCUCGGCUGCUACGGCUCACAGCUGAAGGGAAAGAGCAGUUACUAUCAACUUAGUGACAACGAGAAGAGCCUGUUUCUGGACAUUGCUUGUUUUCUCAGUGGACAAUCCGUGGAACACGUGAUUCAAGCUCUCAAAUGGCGUGUUUCAUUCAUACCUAUUGAGAUCCACAAUCUUUUUGACAAGUCUCUUGUGUCGACAAUAUCCACACACGGUGUAGAAAUGCACGAGCUGGUCCAAGACGUGGCCUGCGAAGUAAUAAAAAUUUGGAAAGGUCGUAGAUUGUGCGGCGCGCAAAACAUUCAACCUUUGCUUGAAGAUGAAGAGAGCAAAUCGAAUCGCAAAAAUAUAGAAAGCAUAUUACUGGAUGCUUCUGGCUUGAGCUUUGUUGUUAAUCCUCUGCGCAAUCUCCGACUGCUGAAGAUCUACAGCUCCGAUCCAAAAGAGCAUUUGAAGCUCCGUCUUCAAAAGGGUCUCUUCUAUCUCCCUCCUAAUCUACGCCUUCUCCACCUAACAUUAGAGAACUUAAUCUCAAUGGGACUGGAAUAG